GAUCCGAAGUCAGAUCCUCGCGGCUCUGAACGACGGCUCCCUGGAAGAGGCGCUGAUCGGUGUCGGUGCUGGCCAAGGUGAGGCCGCGGAUGAUGUGCGCCAGAGAAUCGAAAAGCAGCUUAUCGCAGCUUUGGAGGACGGAUCCCUCGAGGAGGCUAUCCAGACCUCUCUAGCGCCUUCUCCACCUCCGACUGCUGCUCCGGUGGCUUCCGCACCUGGGGUUGACCCGAAGACGGUGGAGGAGUUCUCUGCCAAGAUGUUCCUGGAGGCUUUCUCCGAGAAGGGCCGGCGUCUGGACACUCUGAUGCGGAGCAUCGCGGAGGCCGAAGCGCAGAUCAAGCAGCGAGAGCAGCGAUGUCAGCAGUUGCAGGCACAUGUGUCGCAGCAUAAGUUGGAGCUGGCGCACCUCGACCUCGACUUCGAAUGGUGCUCGAAGCUCCUCGAUUCGGCGGAGGCGCGGCGCGGUGAGCUGCAAGCAGCCCAGAG